AUUUUGUCCAAAAAAAAAGAACAUUGCAUGCAUAUUUUUCUUUACUUUUCAUCAUUUCUUAAUUAAUUUUCAUUGUGUGUAUAUACUUUGCCAAACAAAUUUACACGGAGUUUUAAAUAAAAUUUUAACUUUUCUAAAAUUUAGAUAAAUAAGUAAAAGACUGGGUGGUAAUGUUUUGAAGGAUAUAAAUCAACUUUGUUAAAAGAAUAUUGUGAAUUGUUGGCAAGAGAAAAUGAAUCUUUAGAUUAUGUGAUGAGUGGAGGAAGACAAAUUAAAGGCAGACGGACGACAGUAAUUAAUGAGAUAACAACGCUCUGAUUGGUAAUACAUUUUGAUUAAUCUUACGGGGCAAAUUAUUCUUUUCUGUUUUUACUAGAAAAAAAAACACUGGAAAACAUGAUAUAAUGGGAAUCAACAUGUUAUAAAUCUCCUACUAAAACAUGUUAUUUAUAUUUAUUGAAAUUUAUUAAAUGUUAUUUUAGAUGAGUUACUUAUGUCUUUUUGUUUCUGUGGUAUAAAAUCAAUGAUUUAUGAAACGUAAGGAACCAUUAAACUCUUUGCUUAGUCCACCAAAUUCUCAAUGGUUAUAGGAUCAACGAUUCUAAACAUAGGACACUAAACAACCCUAUAAAAACAAAAAAUAAUAAUUCCAUUCCAUUUCAAUUCAAAUCAUUCAAUUCAUACUUUGUUCCUCGUAAGAUAUAGAAAAUUUAGGAAAACCAAAAAGAAAAAGAUAAAGAACAAUGGCAAGAGUUCAUUUAUUGUUAUGCUUCACACUUGUAUUUGCAUCUGUAACCCUUUUAGACGUGACUUCAGCUUUUCUGAAGCUGAAGCCAUCUUUACCACAGAUUGAAGAUCCGAAGACGGUGGGUGACGUUGAAGGCUACACUGUUAACGUAGUGAUGGUAUUUGUGGGGGACCUCGAGAAAGAAUGUCCUAAAACAAGCAAAUUCAAAAUGUUCUUCGACAAACUUAGAGGAUUUGCCAAGUAUGUUUGCCCACUAAAAAUAUUUGGCAAAAAAGAUGAUACUGACAUGAAGGCCAAAGAAGCAGGCAUCCUCAAAUCCAUAGCCUCUUUUGCUAUUGGAAGGAUAAAGAGUGAAAUUCAAGAGGAGAAACAGGAAGCUAUCGAAACCUUUAAGUUUAUGAAAUCCUUGGCUGGUAGAAUUCUCGGUGGCCGCAAGAAAGAAGAGAAAGAAACCACGACACUAACACCUGAACAGCUUAAAGAAAUCAAAGAUGGGAUCUUGAAGUGGCAGACUGUGAUUGUUAAGAUCACAAACACUAUGGUAGUUAGCACAACAAACAAUGAAGGCUCUGCUGGUUCAAAUCCUGGAGCUGGAACUCCCUCUAUGGAUACAAACAAUCAAUCUCAAGGUACUCCCUCUACGGAUGAUACAAACAAUCAAUCUCAAGGUACUCCCUCUACGGAUAAAAACAAUCAAUCUCAAGGUACCACUGGAGGCUCUUCGAGUCCUAACUCCGGAAGCGCUACUGGAAGUCCAUCAAACAAGCCAUCAGCUGGUUCAAACCCUGGAGCUGGAACUCCCUCUACGGAUACAAACAAUCAAUCUCAAGGUAACACGAACACUGCUUCAAGUAGAAGUGAAACUACUAGCCAGACCACGGAAGUGACAGUGACAGAAGUCGAGACUCAGACUUCCGAACAAGUUAUGACAUUCCUAAUGAACCUAGAGAAGAAGUGUCCACCGAAGGAGGAAUACAAGCAAUUUUUCGAGAAGCUAAAGAGUACCAUGACAGGUUCCGCAAAGGUUUCUUCUCCUAAGAAAAAAGGAGGCUUGUUCGGUAUGAUCAAAGGUGCUGUUGGGAAAAUAGGUGAUGCCAUGCAAUUUAUUCGUUCAAGAAUUGGAAACAAAUCAGCAGAAGUAAAGAAGUCAAUGGAAACUUACCAAGCAGAAGUGAUAAAGAAUAUGGAAGAGCUAAAUGCAAUCUACGCUAAAAUUGUAACCCAAAAUCAAAGCAAGAAAGGAGGAGCAAUGACAUGCACACCAGAACAACAAGCAGAGAUAAAGACGACAAUCACCAAGUGGGAACAAGUCACAACCCAAUUCGUUGAGGUUGCUAUUAAGAGUGAAACUUCGACAACUACUUCUACAUCAUCCUCCACGGGAACAGCGCAGCCAAAUUGAACUCAAAGAUGACAAAAUUAGUAACCAGUAGCUUACAUUAUUUAAUUUUGAUUGUAAAUAAAACAAAGAUUGGUGUAGGCCAGCAAGUAAUAACUAUGUAAACGUAUAUAUAGACUGUAAGCAUUAUACAUGCCAUUCAUGUAAAAGUGCUGAUUUUUGAAACGAAUUUUUGUGAUA